AUUAUCGGACCGGGCCGUGCUUCAGCCAAGUGAACAACCAGAUGUGCCAGGGCCAGCUCAGUGGCAUCGUCUGCACCAAGACCAUGUGUUGUGCCACCAUCGGCCGGGCCUGGGGACACCCCUGUGAGAUGUGUCCUGCCCAGCCCCAUCCCUGCCGCCGGGGGUUCAUCCCAAAUAUCCGCACCGGAGCCUGCCAAGAUGUGGACGAGUGCCAAGCCAUCCCUGGCCUCUGCCAAGGUGGGAAUUGCAUCAACACCGUGGGUUCCUACGAGUGCAAGUGCCCUGCAGGACACAAGCAGAGCGAGACCAGCCACAGGUGUGAAGACGUGGACGAGUGCGGGGCCAUCUCCGGCGCGUGUGACGGCGGCGAGUGCACCAACACCGCGGGCAGCUACGUGUGCACCUGCCCCCGGGGCUUCAUGACCAGCCCCGACGGAUCCCGCUGCAUCGACCAGCGCAUCGGGACGUGUUUCUCGGCGCUCAUCGGGGGCCGCUGUGCCGGGGACCUGCCGGGCCAGUACACCAGGAUGCAGUGCUGCUGCGACUCGGGGCGCUGCUGGGCCAUCGGCCAGACCCCCGAGAUGUGCCCUGUGAGGGGCUCUGACGAGUACCGCAGGCUCUGCAUCGAGGGACUCCCGGUCGUGCCAGGCUUCCCUGGGAACUUUCCAGGAAUCCCUGGAUUCGGGCCCAACGGCGUCGGGCCGGGACUCAACGGGCCCGGAGGCAUCGGACCAAACGGGGCGAACGGACAAGGCGGGAUCCCAGGGCUGCCUGGAAUGGGCCCAGGAAGCUCGAGCAUUGGAACUGCCACGUUGAACCAGACCAUUGACAUCUGCAAGCACUUCACCAACCUGUGCCUGAACGGGCGCUGCAUCCCCACCCCGUCCAGCUACCGCUGCGAGUGCAACAUGGGCUACAAGCAGGACGUGCGUGGGGAGUGCAUUGAUGUGGACGAGUGCUCCAGCAGCCCCUGCGUGCACGGCGACUGCGUCAACACCCCGGGCUCCUACCACUGCAAGUGCCACGAGGGCUUCCAGAGCACCCCCACCAAGCAGGCCUGCAUUGACAUCGAUGAGUGCAUCAUGAACGGGGUGAUGUGCAGGAACGGCCGCUGCGUCAACACCGACGGCAGCUUCCAGUGCAUCUGCAACGCUGGCUUUGAGAUCACCCCUGAUGGCAAGAACUGUGUUGACCACGACGAGUGUGCCACCACCAACAUGUGCCUCAACGGGAUGUGCAUCAACGAGGACGGAAGCUUCAAGUGCAUCUGCAAGCCCGGAUUCGUUCUGGCUCCCAACGGGCGCUACUGUGUCGACAUCGACGAGUGCGAGACCCCCGGGAUCUGCAUGAACGGCUGGUGCAUCAACACCGAGGGCUCCUUCCGCUGCGAGUGCCUGGGCGGGCUGGCCAUCGGCGUGGACGGCCGGGUCUGCGUGGACACCCACAUGCGCAGCACCUGCUACGGGGGCAUCAAAAAGGGCACCUGCGCCCGCCCCUUCCCCGGCGCCGUCACCAAGUCCGAGUGUUGCUGCGCCAACCCGGACCACGGCUUCGGAGAGCCCUGCCAGCCCUGCCCGGCCAAGAACUCGGCGGAAUUCCAGGCUCUCUGCAGCAGCGGCAUCGGGAUAACGGCUGAUGGCAGAGACAUCAACGAGUGUGCCCUGAACCCAGACAUCUGCCCCAACGGGAUGUGUGAGAACCUGCGGGGCAGCUACCGCUGCAUCUGCAACCUGGGCUACGAGUCCGACCCCACGGGCAAGAACUGCGUGGAUGUUGAUGAGUGCACUGUCAACCGUCUGCUGUGCGACAACGGGCUGUGCAGGAACACCCCCGGCAGCUACACCUGCACCUGCCCCAAGGGCUUCGUCUUCAGGACAGAGACGGACACCUGUGAAGACAUCAACGAGUGCACGUCCAACCCGUGUGUGAACGGCGUGUGCCGGAACAACGCCGGCUCCUUCGCCUGCGAGUGCUCCCCUGGCAGCAAACUGGACCCCACUGGCACCAUCUGCGUGGACAGCAUGAAAGGGACCUGCUGGCUCAACAUCCAGGACGGGCGCUGCGAGGUGAACAUCAACGGGGCCACGCUCAAGUCGGAGUGUUGUGCCACCCUGGGGGCAGCCUGGGGCAGCCCCUGCGAGCGCUGCGAGAUCGACACUGCCUGUCCCCGGGGAUACGCCCGGAUGAAGGGGGUCACCUGUGAAGACGUGAACGAGUGCGAGGUGUUCCCCGGUGUCUGCCCCAACGGGCGCUGCGUCAACUCCGCCGGCUCCUUCCGCUGCGAGUGCCCCGAGGGGCUGACCCUGGAUGGCACUGCCAGGACGUGUGUGGACGUGCGGGUGGAGCAGUGCUACAUGCGCUGGGACGAGGACGAGUGCACGGAGCCCCUGCCCGGCAAGUACCGCAUGGACAUGUGCUGCUGCUCCGUGGGCUCGGCCUGGGGCAGCGACUGCGAGGAGUGCCCCAAGCCGGGCACCGGCGAGUUCAAGGCCAUCUGCCCGCGCGGGCCCGGCUUCGCCAACCGCGGGGACGUGCUCUCGGGGAGGCCCUUCUACAAAGAUGUGAACGAGUGCAAGGUCUUCUCCGGGCUCUGCACUCACGGCACGUGCCGGAACACCAUCGGCAGCUUCCGCUGUAUCUGCGGCAACGGCUUCGCUCUGGACGCCGAGGAGAGGAACUGCACGGACAUCGACGAGUGCCGCAUCUCGCCGGACCUGUGCGGCCACGGCACGUGCGUCAACACCCCGGGCAGCUUCGAGUGCGAGUGCUUCGAGGGCUACGAGAGCGGCUUCAUGAUGAUGAAGAACUGCAUGGAUAUCAACGAGUGCGAGCGGGACCCGCUGCUGUGCCGGGGCGGGAUCUGCAUGAACACCGACGGCAGCUUCGAGUGCAUCUGCCCCCCUGGCCACGAGCUGACAGCUGAGGGCAACACCUGCAUAGAUAUCAACGAGUGCUCCCUCAGUGACAACCUGUGUCGCAACGGGCGCUGCGUCAACGUCAUCGGCACCUACCAGUGCUCGUGCGACUCGGGCUUCCAGGCCACGCUGGACAGGCAGGGCUGUGUUGACAUCGACGAGUGCACCAUCACCAACGGGGGCUGUGACACCCACUGCUCCAACUCGGAGGGCAGCUACGAGUGCAGCUGCAGCGAGGGCUACGCGCUCAUGCCAGACAAGAGGUCCUGUGCAGAUAUCGAUGAGUGUGAGGAUAAUCCUGACAUCUGUGAUGGUGGGCAGUGCACAAACAUCCCCGGCGAGUACCGGUGCCUCUGCUUCGACGGCUUCAUGGCAUCCCUGGACAUGAAGACCUGCAUUGACGUGAACGAGUGCGACCUCAACCCCAACAUCUGCCUGCACGGCGAGUGUGAGAACACCAAGGGCUCCUUCAUCUGCCACUGCCAGCUCGGCUACUUCGUCAAGAAGGGAACCACAGGGUGCACAGACAUCGACGAGUGCGAGAUCGGGGCGCACAACUGCGACAUGCACGCCUCCUGCAUCAACGUGCCCGGCAGCUUCAAGUGCAAGUGUCGCACGGGCUGGCUCGGGGACGGGCUGAAGUGCAACGACCUGGACGAGUGUGCAACCGAAGAGCACAAGUGCAACCUCAACGCCAACUGCGUGAACACGCCCGGCUCCUACCGCUGCGCCUGCCGCGAGGGCUUCAACGGCGACGGCUUCUCCUGCUCAGACGUGGAUGAGUGUGCAGACAACGUGAACCUGUGUGAGAACGGGCAGUGCCUCAAUGCCCCCGGCGGGUACCGCUGCGAGUGCGAGAUGGGCUUCAACCCCACCGAGGACAGCAAGGCCUGCCAGGACAUCGAUGAGUGCACCUUCCAGAACAUCUGUGUCUUUGGCACCUGCCAGAACCUGCCCGGGAUGUUCCGCUGCGCCUGCGACGAUGGAUAUGAGCUGGACAGGAGUGGAGGCAACUGCACAGACAUCAAUGAAUGUGCAGACCCUGUGAACUGCAUCAACGGGCUCUGCGUCAACACCCCCGGCAGCUACUUGUGCAACUGCCCCCAGGACUUCGAGCUGAACCCCACCGGGGUGGGCUGUGUGGACACCCGUGUCGGGAAUUGCUUCCUGGACACCCAGGAUCGAGGAGAUGGGGGGAUCUCCUGCAGUGCAGAGAUCGGAGUCGGGGUCACUCGGGCCUCCUGCUGCUGCUCCCUGGGCCGUGCCUGGGGCAACCCCUGCGAGCUGUGCCCUCCAGCCAACACCACUGAGUACAAGACCCUGUGCCCUGGAGGGGAAGGAUUCCGGCCCAACCCCAUCACUGUCAUCCUGGAGGACAUCGACGAGUGCCAGGAGCUGCCAGGGCUGUGCCAGGGCGGCAACUGCGUCAACACCUUCGGCAGCUUCCAGUGCGAGUGUCCCCUCGGGUACUACCUCAACGAGGACACGCGGAUCUGCGAAGAUAUCGACGAGUGCUCUGCCCACAUCGGGAUCUGCGGCCCUGGCACCUGCUACAACACCCUGGGCAACUACACCUGCGUGUGCCCCCCCGAGUACAUGCAGGUCAACGGAGGGAACAACUGCAUGGACAUGAGGAAGAGCGUGUGCUACCGCAACUACAACGACACGUGUGAGAACGAGCUCUCCUUCAACAUGACCAAGAAGAUGUGCUGCUGCUCCUACAACAUUGGCAAGGCCUGGAACAAGCCCUGUGAGCCCUGUCCCACCCCUGCCAGCCACAUCGACGAGUGCAGCAGUGGGGAGAACCUGUGCCAGCGCAACGCCGACUGCAUCAACAUCCCGGGCAGCUACCGCUGCGAGUGCUCCACGGGCUACAAGCUGUCACCCAGUGGGGCCUGCGUGGGUCGCAACGAGUGCCAGGAGAUCCCCAACGUGUGCAGCCACGGGGACUGCGUGGACACCGAGGGCAGCUACGUCUGCAUCUGCCACAACGGCUUCAAGGCCACGGGGGAGCAGACCAUGUGCAUGGACAUCGACGAGUGCGACCGCCAGCCCUGCGGGAACGGGACCUGCAAGAACACAGUCGGCUCCUACAACUGCCUCUGCUUCCCUGGCUUUGAGCUCACACACAACAACGACUGCAUGGACAUUGAUGAGUGUUCAUCCCUGGUGGGGCAGGUGUGUCGGAACGGCCAGUGCAUCAACAGCGUCGGCUCCUUCCAGUGCCUGUGCCAGGAGGGGUACGACCGGACCCCUGACGGGAAGAACUGUGUGGACAUCAACGAGUGUGUGAGCCUGCCUGGCACCUGCUCCCCGGGCACCUGCCAGAACCUGGAGGGCUCCUUCCGCUGCAUCUGCCCCCCGGGCUACGAGGUGCAGAACGACAACUGCAUCGAUAUCAACGAGUGCGAAGAGGAGCCCAACAUCUGCCUUUUUGGGACGUGCACCAACACCCCUGGCAGCUUCCAGUGCGUCUGUCCCCCGGGCUUUGUGCUGUCUGACAACGGCCGGCGCUGCUUUGACACUCGCCAGAGCUUCUGCUUCACCCGCUUCGACAACGGGAAGUGCUCCGUCCCCAAGGCCUUCAACACCACCAAGGCUCGGUGCUGCUGCAGCAAGAUGCCAGGGGAGGGCUGGGGAGAUCCCUGCGAGCUGUGCCCUCAGGAGGGGAAUGUUGCCUUCCAGGAGCUGUGUCCGUACGGCCACGGAGCCAUCCCAGGCCCAGGUGACACCCGAGAAGAUGUCAAUGAGUGCUCGGAGAACCUGGGGGUCUGCAUCAACGGGGCCUGCAUCAACACCGACGGCUCCUUCCGCUGCGAGUGCCCCUUCGGAUACAACCUGGACUACACGGGGGUCAACUGCGUGGACACCGACGAGUGCUCCAUCGGCAAUCCCUGCGGGAACGGCACCUGCACCAACGUGGUGGGAGGCUUCGAGUGCGCCUGCGACGAGGGCUUUGAGCCGGGGCCCAUGAUGACCUGUGAAGACAUCAACGAGUGCUCCCUGAACCCCCUGCUCUGUGCCUUCCGCUGCAUCAACACCUUCGGCUCCUACGAGUGCACCUGCCCCUCUGGAUACGCCCUGCGAGAGGACAGGAGGAUGUGCAGAGAUCUGGAUGAGUGUGCGGAGGGGCUGCACGACUGCGAGUCCCGGGGGAUGCUGUGCAAGAACCUCAUUGGCACCUUCAUGUGCAUCUGCCCGCCAGGGAUGCAGCGCAGGCCCGAUGGAGAGGGCUGCACAGAUGAGAACGAGUGUCGGACCAAGCCUGGGAUCUGCCCCAACGGGCGCUGUGUGAACACAGCGGGGAGUUACCGCUGCGACUGCAACGAGGGCUUCGAAGUCAGUCCCUCUGGCACCGAGUGCAUUGACACCCGCCAAGGGUUCUGCUUCACCGAGGUGCUGCAAACCAUGUGCCAGAUGUCCUCCACCAACCGCAACCUGGUCACCAAAUCCGAGUGCUGCUGCAACAGCGGGCGCAGUUGGGGCCCCCAGUGCGAGCUCUGCCCCCUCCCUGGCACUGCCCAGUACAAGAAGAUGUGUCCCCAUGGCCCAGGAUACUCCACUGAUGGCAGAGACAUCGAUGAGUGCAAGGUCCUGCCCAACCUGUGCAGGAACGGGCAGUGCAUCAACAGCAUCGGCUCCUUCCGCUGCCACUGCCGGCUGGGCUACACCGCCGACAUCACGGGCACGGCCUGCGUGGAUCUGGACGAGUGUAACCAGUCCCCCAAGCCCUGCAACUUCAUCUGCAAGAACACAGAAGGCAGCUACCAGUGCUCCUGCCCCCGAGGGUACAUCCUGCAGGAGGAUGGCAAGAUCUGCAAAGACCUGGACGAGUGUUCCACCAAGCAGCACAACUGCCAGUUCCUCUGUGUCAACAUCAUCGGGGGCUUCAACUGCAAGUGCCCCCCCGGCUUCACUCAGCACCACUCGUCCUGCAUCGACAACAACGAGUGCACGGCUCAGCCCUCGCUGUGUGGAGCCAAAGGGCAGUGUCUGAACACCCCGGGCAGCUACAACUGCGAGUGCCAGAAAGGAUUCUCCCUGGACAGCUCUGGGGUCAACUGUGAAGACGUGGACGAGUGUGACGGGAACCACCGGUGCCAGCACGGCUGCCAGAACGUGCUGGGGGGGUACAGGUGUGGCUGCCCCCAGGGCUACGUCCAGCACUACCAGUGGAACCAGUGUGUGGACGAGAACGAGUGUUCCAGCCCCACCGCCUGCGGCUCUGCCUCCUGCUACAACACCCUGGGCAGCUUCAAGUGCGUGUGUCCCUCGGGCUUUGACUUCGACCAGGCCUUCGGGGGCUGCCAGGACGUGGACGAGUGCUCGGCCGGGGGCAGCCCCUGCAGCUACGGCUGCUCCAACACGGACGGGGGGUACCUGUGCGGCUGCCCCGGCGGCUACUUCCGAGCGGGACAAGGACACUGUAUCUCUGGCUUGGGCUUUGGGAAAGGUCCCUACCUGCCUGCCCCCCAGGAGGAGGAUGAGGACAACCUGCUCUCCCCCGAGACCUGCUACGAGUGCAAGAUCAACGGCUACCCCAAGAGGGGCCGCCAGCGCCGCAGCCUCAACGGCACCGAGAGGCACCAGGACCACGCCGUGAACUUGGCCAGCAUGGACGUGGAGGCCCCGCUGUCCAUGACCCUGAACCUGUCGGACCUGGCGCGCAAGGAGCACAUCCUGGAGCUCCUGCCGGCCGUGGAGCCCCUGGAGAACCGGGUGCGGUACCUCAUCUCCCAGGGCAACGAGGAGGGCUAUUUCCGCAUCCACCAGAAGGAAGGGCUCAGCUUCCUCCACCUGGGCCGCAAGAAAAUCCUGCCCGGCACGUACCUGCUGGAGAUCGUGAGCGUGCCCUUGUACCGCAGGCGGGAACUGCAGAAACUCGAGGCCAAGAACCACCUCGACUACUUGGCGGGGGAGCUGGGCCAGGCACUGAGGAUGAAGCUCCAGCUCCAGCUCUACUAAAAAAGAGAAACCCCCCCCACGGGAUCCAUCCACCCACCCACCCGACAGUCACGGCCCUUCUCCUCUCGCCAUCCACGCCUUCGGGGACAAACGGGCUCCUCCUCUCGCGCCGCCCCCCCCUCCUGCCACCGCCUGGAAACCCCGGGAAACGGCCCCCUGGGGAACGUCCUUCUGGGAUCAGCACCUGGGAUUGCUCUGCUCCAUGAGCCAAAGCCGCACCGAGAGCUCCCGGGAGCUUUGCCGAGGGUUCCAAACCUCGCCAAAGGUUCCAGCCCCUCGCCGGCAGGGACUCCCCACCCCUGCUCAGCUCCCUCCUGGCUCCUGCAACCAAGACACUGUCCAAGCUGGCAGGGUGGUGCCACGGGGUGCCUCCAUGGUCAUGUCCCACCCCACAGCCCGGGAAAUGUGAGGGGGGCCUGGGGAAAGCUUGGGAAGGAGCUUUGGCAGGGCCUGGUGUCAGUGCCUUUCCCAACAGCUCUUGUUCCUCCUUUGCUUCUGCGUUGUCACGAUGGUGCUGCAGAAACCAUCCCAUCCCUGCCCUGGCUGUGCUCUGUCUCUCGCUGUCUUCUCCAUGUUCUCUGGUCCCUUUAGGGCUCCUUUGGUGCUUUUGGGGCUCCUCUGGUCCCUUUAGGGCUUCUCUGGUCCUUUAGGGCUCCACUGGUGCCCCUAGGACUCCUCUGGCCUUUUGGGGGCUCCUCUGGUGCUUUUGGGGCUCCUCUGGUCCUUUGAGGCUCCUCUGGUCCUUUGGGACUCCUCUGGCCUUUUGGGGGUUCCUCUGGUCCUUGGGGGCUCCUCUGGUCCCUUUGAGACUCCUCUGGUCUUUUGGGGCUCCUCUGAUCCUUUUGGGGCUCCUUUGGUGCUUUUGGGGGCUCCUUUGGUGCUUUUAGGGCUCCUCUGAUCCCUUUGGAACUCCUCUGGUGCUUUUGGGGCUCCUUUGGUCCUUUUGAGGCUCCUCUGGUGCUUUUGGGGCUCCUCUGGUGCUUUUAGGGCUCCUCUGGUCCCUUUGAGACUCCUCUGGUGCUUUUGGGGCUCCUCUUUCAAGCAGCAAAGGUCCCCUCUGAACAAAAAGGCCAGUUCAGGGUGCCCCCCUCACAUCCCAAAGCAGCCAGGCCGUGGGACCGCAGGCUCCUGUUGGGACACCUCAGGUCUUCCCACCAGGAAAGGCUGAACAAAUGUGGAGCUGGAAGGGCUUUCCCAGAGCUCCAGCAAGUCCAGGGGUUCAGGUGUCCUCCCGAGGAGGAGCUCUGGGGAAAGGCAGGUGGAUUGAAGUGCCUGGUUGGGUGUGGUUGGACAAAGCUGGUGGGAAGCACCUCGUGAUCCCGGUGGAGAGCACCGGGAUGCUUCCCGUGCCAGAGGGGUGGAGGGCUUGGGAAGAUGCACAUCCCACGCUGCAGGGGCACAUUUCCAUGGCCAGCAGCCAUGAAAAUCCCGGGAAAAGCAAGAUGGGGACGGGGUGAGAGGCAGGAACAGCCACUUCCAAAAGAACCCUGGGCUCGGAGCCGCUCUGUGCUUGUGGCCACAUCCCCCUGGCCAGGAGUCCCUCCCCUCUGGUUGUCCCCUCCAUCAAGGUGGCCCCAGAGACGGACAGUCUCUGGUUCCUGCGGAUGGGAUGCGCUCCAGAGGGUGUGGAAAACAGGAAUCCAGAGGCAGGAGGGCUCCCUGCUUCCCCCCGUAACUCCAGCCGGGCUUUUCCUCCUCCCCUCCCUCCGGAUGUCCUUCCCUGCGCUGCCAUUCCCUAAAUCCUGCAUGAACCUCUCUCUCUGCAGUUCCCAAUGGAUAAAAGGUGCUAAUUCACACGGAACUACCUUAUCCCAGCCCCGAGGUGCUCCCAGCUCCGGGAAGCCGGGGCUGGAUCGGGCUCGCCGGCGUUGCUGCACUGCCCCCACCACCCCUCAUAUUUAUGGAGAACCACCAAAGUCCUGCUCCCUGGGCCUCGGGAGGAGAGCAGAUUCCUGUAGCUUUUGGGGGUUUUAUUAUUUUUUGGGGGGAAUUGGGUGGGGUUUUCCUGGUCCCCAGGGGGUGGGGGAAGUGUGUGUUUACUGUAUUGGGGGCUGAAGUCAAACUUGAAAACUCUUUUGCAGCUCCAGACUCUGGAUUUUACAAGAGUCCCCCCCCCAGAGCUUGUGACAGGAUGGGUGGCCUGAUGUUUGGGAUGGUUUUCUUUGC